AUGGCUUCUUUUUCGCGGUUGAUCAGAUUCCUUGCUAAGGAUGGGAACAUCUACUACGGCGAUGCCAUUCUUCCGUCGGGUGUAACAGAUGUAGGCAAGGCGGUUCAAGCCAAAAUCCUCAAUGGGAACCCCUUUGGAAACCAUGUAUUAACCAAGCAAGUUGCUGACGUCGACUCCCUCCUGAGCCCUUUGGCUCGCGAACAUGUCAAAACAGUCCGUUGUCUCGGCCUCAACUACGAACAACAUGCAAACGAAACCGGUACACCAAUUCCACAGUAUCCUAUUCUCUUUUUCCGGCCCAUCACUUCCCUUAAUGGACCGUUUGAUACUAUUCCUAUUCCUACCGUAGCCCGACAGUUUGACGGCGUCGACUACGAGUGUGAGCUAGUCGUUGUGAUUGGUAAAGACGCCUAUCAGGUUCCCGAGUCGACGGCACUCGAAUACGUGGCUGGAUAUGCUGUUGGUAACGACGUUUCCCACCGUGAGUGGCAGCUGCGACGAGGCGGUAGCCAGUGGGGAUUCGGGAAGGGAUUCGAUGGCUGGGCGCCUUUUGGACCCGGUAUCGUCAGCUCCAAGCUUAUUCCUGAUCCACAGAGACUGAAGAUUUCGACCAAGGUUAAUGGUGAGGUGGUGCAAGAGAGCAAUACUGCUGAUAUGAUCUUCGGCGUAGCCAAGAUUAUCGCCUUUUUGAGUCAGGGAACGACGCUCCUGCCAUGUGACUUAAUUUUCACCGGAACGCCCCAAGGUGUGGGAGAAGUUAGAAACCCGCCAUUAUGGCUCAAGCAUGGCGAUACUGUUGAGGUCAGUUUGGAGGGAGUUGGUAGCUGUGUAAAUAAGGUCCAGGACCGAGAAUAG